UUUGCGCUCACAGCAGGGCAGGUAGUUUGUUCUUACUGGAACACACAAAACAGAAUAUUCUCAUGGAGCUCGCACUACAUGAACUUCGGGACGACAGUGAAUAGCCUACGUUUCAAACCCAAAUCUAUUUGCGACUGAAUAGGGGACAUGAGCACAUCAUCAAUGAAGAAGAAAAGCACAAGCCGUAAGACGUGAAAAGACAAGAUUCUCGACAUGGGUAUGAAUGCAUUUGUGAGAUUCACGGCCGCCUGGUUCUUUCUCAUAUUCCACGGGCCUUACGUUCGACCAGAUUUGUUUGAAAAGUUUGAUGUGGAAGCAGUGCAUGUUGACGUGGACCUUAAUCGUGUGGCGAAGAGGGUAAAUGAGCGUUUUCUCUCCGUUGCCAUCGAUGCAAGCCUGGUCGCCGAGGAGAAGUUCAUGUAUCUCCUAGCAUCUGCCAAGCUGAAAACGUUAUCAAGUGCCCUGAGCCCUGGCUUUCUGCGAUUUGGAGGGACCAAACAAGAUUUUAUGAAAUUCAACCCCCACAGUUACCAUCUGCAACAUCCAAGAAACUCUCAUCCUUUUGUUGGGGAUACAUGCAAGAGAAUGGAACUUCCUCCAUUGUUGGAGGAGAACCUGAAGAAAGAGUGGGCACUGCAGUCACUUUUUUUGCAACAAGAAGAACGGAAGGGAAAGUACAAAAAAGUCGGGUUUACUGAGUAUGCUGUGGAUUUGCUCUACUCCUUUGCAAACUGCACCGGCUUGGACCUCAUCUUUGGCCUCAAUGCUUUGCUAAGGACCAAAGGAAACUCCUGGAACAGUCACAAUGCCCAGAUGCUGCUGGACUACUGUGAAUCAAGACAGUAUAAAAUGUCCUGGGAAUUGGGCAACGAGCCCAACAGCUAUCAGAAGAAGGCUGGCUUCAGGGUAGAUGGCUACCAGCUGGGGGAGGACUUUGUCCAUCUCCGGAGGAUUCUGAGCGAGUCCAAACUGUACAAGUCCUCAGGGCUCUAUGGACCUGAUGUCAGCCAGCCCAGAGACCACCGCCGGGAUCUGCUGGAGGGGUUUCUGGAAAGUGGAGCAGAGGCAAUCAACGCAUGUACCUGGCAUCAUUACUACGUCAAUGGUAGAGAUACUUCACUGGAAGAUUUUCUGGAUCCUGAUGUGCUUGAUACACUAGCCACAAAAACGCAUGAAGUGCUUGAGACUGUAGAUAUGGUUUCCCCUGGGAAAAAAGUUUGGCUCGGAGAGACCAGUUCGGCAUAUGGCGGUGGUGCAUUGGGAUUAUCAGACACAUUUGCUGCAGGCUUCAUGUGGCUAGAUAAACUUGGCCUUGGUGCAAAACUGGGAUUGGAUGUUCUCGUCAGACAAGUUCUCAUUGGCUCAGGAACCUAUCACCUGGUGGAUGACAACCUGGAUCCUCUCCCAGAUUAUUGGCUGUCGGUCCUCUAUAAAAGGCUAGUUGGCCCUGAAGUGCUGCAUGCUACGGUUCUCUCAACUCUAGAGCCCGGAAGGCGACUGCGAGUGUACUGCCACUGCACAAGUAAAAGAAGCACAAGCUACAAGAGAGGCGCUGUCACCUUGUUUGCCCUGAACCUCAGUAAGAACACAGCUAAGAUCUAUCUGCCAUCACACCUCGCAAACAGCACAGCAGAGGCCUUUGUGUUGGAGGCCCCCGGGCCUGGAGAGCAAGGACUUCUUUCCAGGUCAGUGAAGCUAAAUGGCUUGGUACUAAAGAUGGUGGAUGACCAAACGCUGCCCGAACUCAAGGGCGUCCCACUUCACGCAGGGGAACCCCUGAGUCUGCCGGGAUUCUCGUUUGCCUUCUACGUCCUGACUGAAGCACACGCGUCAGCCUGCCAGUGAGCUUUUCCCACUCAUACAUGAUGUGACCAGUACUGUUUACUUUAUUUUACACACUGUGCUCUUAAACAGGGAAAGAUAUGAUGUUUGUCACUGCACUGUGAAAUUGCCAAAGAUCUCAGAUUUGUUUGUAAUAUUAUAAAUUAUGCAUUUUUGUACACAUUGCUGAUUUCAGUGUGGUAUAUAUUCACAGUUCUGUCCAGCAGGACUGUUGUAAUAAUUAUUUUCACUUGCCUCAACUCCUUUGAUUACUUCUGCAGGGAUGAACAUUUUUAUAUGGACAGUACAAGAUAUUAAAAAUCCAAGCUGUUUUUGUCAGAAAUCAUGCAUAAAUUAUGCUGUGACGAUGUUUACACUUCCUGCUGUAUAUAUCUAUUAAAGUUGACCACUGGACAAUUUCAAA